CGCGCCAAUAACAAGCAGUAGGUAUAAUAUCUUCUCUCAGAACUCGUCCCUCAAACCAACCCUGCCAACAUAGCUUGCAACCUUCAUGUGCGCUUCCACUGCUAUCUAUUACUGAGGUAAGUAACCAGCCUACCGCACUGACAGUUGAAAACUUGACCCCUUCCUACACAGUACAAGUUCAUCAACAUGCAUCUGACCAUGGCACUGCUGUCCCUUGGUCUGCUCACUUUCUUCACACCAUGCUCAGCUACCAUGAGUGCCAGGCUUUACGCCGGCGUCAGCCUAAACAGCACCAUCUUCAACCUCAACCACUCGAGCGUCACAUCUUCGGCCUCCACACCGAAUACGCUUGGCGUCAGUACAUCAUCGGCUUCUAGCACUGUUUGCCACAUAGUCACGUCAUGGACAGCGCACGCAUGUCCGCUGGUUUGUGAGCGUGACGACUGCGAGUACAGCAUUACGGCGACGACGACUGUUUCGGCUUCGAUCGUGGCAUGCCUAAGCACACCGGCGGUGACGUCGCUGCUUCCUUGCCUGAUAGCUUGCAGUUUUGACACCUGCGGCACACCGACCAUGACCACCACCCAUCCUCAGGCGUGCGCCACGACCGGGGUGCCAUCUCCGGCAAGCGAUUUGCAGAGAGUCCAGGCGACAGGCUGCAGCGUGGUCACACUGUAUGGCGGUCAGGAUCAAAUCACGACGACCAAAUGCAAUGCGGCGCGGACUAGCUGUGUGCCUUGUAUCGGCUGCAACGCGCCUCAAUGCUGAGAAGAGGGUGCAUUUAGAAUCCGGUAUACGAGGGUUAGUAGCAUAAGAGUAACUCAAUAGGCACAGCCUUCAGUCCAUUGGGCUAAAGGGUCGUGUGCUAGUGCAGG